AUGCCGUCGCGUAAGCCUAUCAAGGUUUCCCAGGAGGAUUCCAGAGACACGACUUCCGAAGCGUCAAGAGACUCAUCGAGUAUAUCGCCCCACCGGAGAUCUAAACGCGUGUUGGAACGAAAUACACUCAAUUCCAACAGAGUUGCAGUCCCAUCGUCCGGAAGCUCUCCUUUAGUAACGUUCGGAAGGUCUCUUUCGAAAUCACAAGUGGGAUCAGACCGGCACAACAACGGAUUUCUGGCACCUCCCCCAUCUCUGCAGAGCUCUACUGGAAAUAAUCGCUCUUUAGAGCAGGAAUUGAGACGCUCGACGAGAAGAUCCAACCAAGGACUCGCCAACGUGGCAUCUCCGCAUUCAAUACCGCGAAGUCUGCCGACUUGGGAUUUUAUCGUCCUCACCCAAGCCAAAUGACAGCGCAGUCCUCGCGGAGCAAUUUUCAAACCUCAAGAGGUGACUCACUCGACGGAGUUCUCUCCUCUUUUCGGUCUCCGAACACGCUUGAUCGAACAUUUAUUGUUUCGACGCGUGCGUCCCACUUAACUACACCAUCGGCGUCCCUUCAGAGUGCCCAUACGGUCAGGAUUGCAGACACCGGAUUCCUUGGAGCACCAGAAAUACAAUCGAGUCGUAGUGGAUCACGUUCUCGGUUUCCUACGGAACUGUCACUUCACACAAUCCAGCCAACUCUAUCGUAUGAGACUGCCCCAACGGAUGCUACGGCCGAUCGGACGUUUGUCCAACCCAACGCCACCGAGCUCAGCGGAAACCGGAGCAGAAAUCAAGCAGCCCCGACAGGUUCGAGAUCAGGUUCCCGUUCGAGAACUUCAGCUGCUUCAAAUGUCGGAGCUGGUCGCUCUCGAGACGACUCUUCAGUUCGUACCAACGAACUUCCACCACCACAAUCUGCGGCUUCUAACCAUUCUCCGGGAAUUCUAGAUCGAACAUUCACGGUGUCGCCAAGCCGCAGUAUUUUCUCUCGUCUACCAACCGAUUCGCUCACUCUCCACACAAUCCCGGCCAGAAUUUCGAAUUUUCCCUAAUU